AUGAAGAAAUCUUCAUUAAUAUUGCUAUUGUUUUUGAUAUGUUCGCUACAAGGUAAAAGUGGUUAAAAUGGAAUUUUAGCGUAACAGUUUCUUGAACUAUAAAGCGGAGUUAAAUUACAAUCGCUUGAAGAAUUGAAUAAUUUGGAUACAAGCAGUCUAGAUUGUUCUCCAGGCCUGUCAUAAGUGAGCAAAUCUAUGGAAGCUUGGCAGGAGAUACUUUCUAACCCUGACUAGAUAGAUAAUGAUAUUGAUAAUUUGAGAAAACUGAAAGUUGCAGUGUCUGAUUACAGAAAAUCAGAAGGAGAGAAGACAACAUUAUUGCAAUAUCACAGCACAAAGGGUUCGUUUGCAUUUGUUUAAUUAAGACAAAGCGAAAGAGAUGGCUUGUUACAAUAAUGGAGACAAUAUGGUCAAAAUAUAUUGGAUGGUUAAUUGAAUCUAUUGGAUGCUGCCUCAACAAAAGAAGAUGCAGAUGAAUGUUGCGAUAAAAUUGAGGACUUAAUCAAUAAGCUCUUAAGCGAAAGAGAAUAAAUAAAAGAGCAAUGCAAACAACCAUCAAUAACAAUCAACAUCAUCAAUUCCAAAUCAACUGAUGUUCAAAAGAGAGUUGAGUCUUGUUCCAAGGAUGGAAUCAUCAUAAACACAGACGAUGACAAGAAAAUCAUCAUCAGACCUGGAGAUGGAAGUGCACCAGAAUCUGAAGAAGAGCCCGUUAGUGCCUCAGCAUUGGUGAGUUCAUCCGACUCCGAAGAUGAUGAGGACACCGUUAAUAAGAAACAACCCUCAGAUUACACUAACGAUAAACCUAUCAGAACUGCUGAAGUUGACAACGAGGAAGAAGAAGGAACAGAAGAUUUGGUUGAAUAUGGUUAUGGAUAUUGGGCUAGAUUUAUGUUGGCCUAUCCAAAGUUCAUGCCUAAAGGUAAGGAUGCACCUUGGUACUUUGUGUCAAGAUUGUCCUCUAACAAAAAUACAGAUAAUAUCAACAUGGGAGACAGACUCUUGGCUAUUUGGUUAGGCAAAGGAUACUAUCAUUUCACCACAUGUGACAAACCUUAAAAUCAACCCAAUAUUGCUAAGAAUGUGGAUUAUCCUGAAAAUUUGGAUGGCGUUUGGACUUACAUCUACUAUUCAUACAGUUCAGAGAAGAAAAAGGCUGUUGCUUACAUUAAAUUUGGAGAAAACGACUUUAAGAAGGUAGAGCAUGAGGUUACACAUCCAACAACAAAGUUCGUUAGAUUCACUGUUGGUGGCACAGAUGAAAAGAGAUACCCAGGAUUCAAUGGUUUAUUGAGUGCCAUCUACUUCAGUGCUAAGAGAGGAGUCUUCAUUGAUAAUGAUGAAGACAUUCAAGCAAAAUUACAGUCCAUGAAGAAAAUUCCUAAGGACUUUAUUCCUGACAUCGUCACUUACAAAGUCACAACCAAUCCCAUCACAAGAAAACCAGAAGACAGAGAAGUACAUUAAAUAGUUGGUACCACUUCAACUCCUAAAUUCCCUCAUGAAUAUGGCAUUAGUGGAUGGUUCAAAUGGACACCAACUGAUAAACAAUAAGAUUGGCACAACAUCUUCAGAGUUUAGAUUCAAACUCCAUCAACUGACAAAUUCCUAGGAGACAGAACCUUAUCAGCUUGGGUUGGAAAAUAAGAUGGAGGCAUCAUUCAUUUACCUACCUACACUCUUACUGACCUUGAAGGUAAUGGGAAUGCAAAUCUCUUCAAGAAUGUUCCUCACAAAAAUAGACAUAAUCAAUGGUUCUUUGUUUACUUUGGAUAUUCUAGACCAUAAUAGAAGGCUAAGGCUUACAUCAGAUGGACAGAUUCAGAAGAUCAUUAAGAAUAUGAAAAUGUUAGACAUUUCACUGUUCCCAAAUAUUACAUCUUUGUUGGAAAAGAUAAGCACUUCCCAGGAUUCAGCGGAGACGUUGCUUUGGUGGCAUUCAAUAUUGGAGAAGGUGCAUUUAGACCAGGAAAUGAUUUCAAAGCCAAGAACGAUGCUUUCAAUGCAGUGGUUGGAUAAAAACAAUUGUUAGGAAAAUAACCAGAUGGCAAAGUUAAAGAGAAGGAGGAUGAAGAUGAUGACGAUGGUAUUACUACUCCAAGUUCUACUGAUGACAAUAAGCCUAAAAUUGAUGAGACCAAAGAAUCUGAAGAAGAGUUAGUUGAAUAUGGUUAUGGAUUUUGGGCUAGAUUCUUAAGUGCCUAUCCAGUUAGAUUACUUAACGGAAAGAAUGCUCCAUGGUAUUUCGUAUCCAGAUUGACAUCCAACCAAAACUAUGGAAAUAUUGCCAUGGGAGAUAGAACUUUAGCUACUUGGUUAGGACAAGGAUAUUAUCACUUUACUACAUGUGAUAAGAAAUCAAACAAUCCAAACGUUAUUUAAAACAUCAAUUACCCCAAUGACAUCGAAGGUGUCUGGACAUACAUCUACUACUCCUACAGUGCCUAAGAAAAUAAGGCUAUUGCAUUCAUUAAAUAUGGAGAUCUAGAACCAAGAUCAAUCAUCCAUAAUGUCAAUCACCCAACUACUAAAUAUGUUAGAUUCAUCUUAGGUGGAAAAGACAGCAAUAGAUAUCCAGGAUUUAAUGGUUUGUUCAGUUAAAUUGUUUUCUCUGCAAAAGAAGGAGCCUUCCUUGAUACCUUGGAUGAUUUCAAAGAUCACAUCUCUAGAACAAUUAUCCCAGUUCAUGAUUUGGACAGAUUAUACAAACAUGAAUUGGUUGAAGAUACUAUUUCAAGAAAAGUCAAUGAAAACCCAAUUUAUGAUGAAUUAGGUGGUGGAGCUUAGAAAUUCCCACAUGAGUAUGCUAUCAGUGGUUGGUUCAAAUGGGAACAAACUUAAUAAUAAGUUUGGCACAAUGUUUUCAGAGUUCAAAUUAAUAAAACCAUCUACUGA